AUGCAAUUCACAUUCGCUGCCGUUUCUGCCCUCCUUGCCUCAGUGGCUUACUCCCAGAGCAUCGCUAGUGAAGUGGCACAACUCCCAUCUUGUGCCCUUGCCUGCUUGUCAACAGCUUCCAGUGGUGCUGGAUGUAGUAUUACCGAUUUUGCAUGCCAAUGCGGUGAUGCUAAAGAUGCUAUCACCAAAGCUGCCACUCCAUGUAUCGCAGCUGGAUGCUCUGCCUCUGAUACUUUGACCACUCAAAAAAUCACAACCGAAAUCUGUGUUCUCCAAGCAGCUGCCGGUUCAUCAGGCUCCUCAGCCGCCGCCUCUUCCACCCAAGCAUCAUCUUCAUCUUCAACCGAUUCAGCUUCUUCAUCUGCAGUCAGCAACAUUUCCUCCGCAGGUAGCUCUAUUGCUAGCGCCACUAGCGCAGCUUCUUCAAGCGUAUCUUCAGUUCUAUCAUCCGCUUCCUCUGCUCUCUCUUCUGCCGCUUCUUCUGCUUCUUCUGCUCCCGCCACGGUUUCUACUGCAGCAGGAAGCAGAGUCAAUGCUGCCGGAGCUAUUGUUGGAGCUGGUUUCUUGGCCGCUUUCGCUUUGUAA